AUGCCGCCUUCACGCAAGGCCGGUUCGUCUGAGCCGCCCACGGGAGAUCGAAAAAAUGUGGUCUUCUUCCACCCAGACCUCGGAAUUGGCGGUGCUGAACGUCUCAUCGUGGAUGCCGCGGUCGGCUUACAAGAGCAAGGACAUAAAGUGACCAUUUUUACUUCGCACUGCGAUCCUCAACAUUGCUUUGAAGAGGCACGGGAUGGUACAUUAGAUGUCCGCGUCCGCGGGAAUACUGUCUUUCCCUCCACCUUCCUCAACCGCUUCCACAUCCUCUUUGCAAUCCUGCGCCAGAUCCACCUUGUGUUCUCAAUAGCCGUGUGGAGCAAUGAAUUACGAAGUCUGAACCCCGAUGUCUUCGUGGUCGACCAGCUGUCUGCCUGCGUACCACUUUUGAGAUGGCUAUACCCCGGUCGUCAACGGACCUUGUUUUACUGCCACUUCCCUGAUCAAUUGCUCGCCGAUCGACGUGCUGGUGGUGUUUUGGGCCUGUUCAAGAGAAUAUACAGAUUUCCUUUCGAUUGGUUUGAGGGCUGGAGCAUGAGCGCCAGCGACAAGAUUGUGGUCAACUCGGCUUUCACAAAAUCUGUCGCUUCGAGAAUCUGGCCGAACCUGGCCGACUCGUUGGGUGUGAUAUACCCCUGCGUGAGUGUAGGCUCCAAAGAGUCUGGCACGGCGCAGGAUCAGCAGCCACUGUGGAAUGGGAGAUUCAAGAUUCUUCUGAGCAUCAAUCGAUUUGAGCGUAAGAAGGACAUAGGGUUGGCCAUACGUGCAUAUCACCAGCUUUCGGCUGCUGAGCGCGAGAACACUCGAUUAGUGAUUGCUGGUGGGUAUGACCAAAGGGUGACCGAAAAUGUCCAAUAUCACGAAGAGCUAGUUCGGUUGGCAGAACAUUUAGGUUUAUCCACAGCUACCGCGAAGACGGUACCUACAGCCUUGGGCGUUCCAGAUCACAUACAGGUGUUGUUCUUAUUGUCCAUACCGGGGUCUUUCAAGGGCACCCUGUUGAAGAAUGCGCGGCUGUUGCUAUAUACUCCUACCAACGAGCAUUUUGGAAUCGUGCCGGUGGAGGCGAUGCAGCACGGCCUGCCGGUUCUAGCUUCGAACACCGGUGGACCGUUGGAGACCAUUGUCGACGGGGAGACAGGUUGGUUGCGCGAUGUUUCCGUCCUAGAUGAUUGGUUUGCUAUCAUAAGAAAGGUCUUGCUUGAACUUAGUACAUCGGAGCUGGAGACUCUACGUCAAAAUGGGAAAGAAAGAGUUAAGAAUCAUUUCACACGGGAGAUCAUGGCAACGAGAUUCCAAGAUCAAAUUGCCGAGAUGCUAGCCAACAAGAGGAGCGCUUUCCUCGAGAGAAAAGACAUCACACUCGGUCUCUGGAUUGCGGCAGCUUUCCUGGCAGCAUUAGUAUCGACCAUCAUCAAAGCAAGAUAUGGGCGUGGUGACCAGAGAGCUAGUGAGUUUGCGCGAGCCAAAAGGAUGCACACAGGAGAUGGAGGAGAGGCGGACAUGUUCAAGAUAAUGCAGUAA